AUGGGUGUCCGUUGCGAUGAGAGGCUGCAUGUUGGUGUCCUGGAGGAGCUCCCUUCUCAACCGUCAAUUUUUUCUCAGAGUUGCGUUAUAUGGCUUUUUGAACUCCGUGGACAUUACAGCGUUGCGCUACUGGUCGAAGAAAAUAAUGGAAGUUUCCAUUGCCAGGCUGACCUAACGUCAUCCCGCUCAGCCAUCCCGAUCCAACAACCGCAACGGUUCGCUUAUUCGGGACGCCGCAUCCGCAUCCAGGACACUCCGUACAGGGCCUUGCUUGUGCUCAAGUGGAGCGGCAGAUCGCACCAAAUUGACUCUCCGCAGAAGCCCCAGACAAACAGCAUCGGGAAAAACUCAUGA